CUCAACGCGAAUUCGGUAUCGGUUAUUUAGCAUUUUUUCCUCUCAUAUUUGUACGGCCAAAAGAUUCCUUCGUUGCGGGAGAUCGGAAGAAGGGAAAACACAUGGGGAAUCCAGCUACCACUUGCCCCUCAGCCUCUUCAUCCACCUCGAACGGCGGUGGAGGUGGAGAGAUUAUGCUUUUCGGAGUCAGAGUGGUGGUUGAUUCUAUGAGGAAGAGUGUUAGUAUGAACAAUCUUUCUCAGUACGAACAACCUCAUGAAUCGAACAAGGAAGGCAACAAGAACAACAAAGAUCAAGGCGAUGAUAAUCUCAACGCCGGUUACGCCUCCGCCGAUGAUGCCGUACCUCACACAACCGGAAAUCGCGAACGCAAACGAGGAGUUCCGUGGACGGAGGAAGAGCACAAGCUGUUUCUUGUAGGACUGCAAAAAGUAGGUAAAGGGGAUUGGAGAGGGAUUUCUAGAAGCUUCGUGAAGACUCGUACGCCGACACAAGUAGCGAGCCAUGCCCAGAAAUAUUUUCUCCGGCGAAGCAAUCUCAACCGCCGCCGUCGUAGAUCCAGCCUCUUCGAUAUCACCACCGAUACGGUACAAGCAAUUCCAACGGAAGAAGAGGGAGUUGAUCGACAAGAGAACACAAAUCAGCCACCCGAGACCAAUGUAUUCCCCGUGAUGCCGGUUGCUUUUCCCAUGGCUUUUAAUCCCUUAGUCCCUCCAGUUCCGGUUGAAAAUCUCACCAUAGCACAGGGGAAUCAAUCAAAUAACAACGUUGCAACGGCUAACCUCAUCCGUCGGGUUCCACCUCUUCAAAGAUCUGAUCUUAACGUGAGCUUGAAUCCAGCUUCCGAGCCUUUAUCAUUAUCACUUAAGCUCUCUUUGCAAUCUGAUCAAAUGGAUUCAUCAUCUUCAGCUACGAGGCAUUCUCCGUUUCAGGUGAUGCCAAGCUUUAGCAAUGGAGAUAACAAUAGCAUCAUCAGUGUUGCUUAAGAAUGACAUUAAAUUUAUAAUAAGCAAAGCCGGAAAAGCUUAGGGAAAAUAAAGAACAUAAGGUAAAAAUUAGGUAACUGGUUUUCGAAUCCCUUUGUUUUUGAUGUAUAGACUAAAAACAGAACAAAACUGCCAUGUCUGUUGUUCUUGUUGUUCUGUGUUGCAACUUAUGUUGAAUUAUUGUUGAUUUAGUUUUU